CAAUACAUAUUUGAAAUGUAUGACAGGUUCUACAUUAUGCACAUGCAGGACAGGCCGCUUUACUUCUCGAAUAUUACUCAUCAUGCGAGUGUGACUCAGUGCCUUGGAUCGAUCACAGGUGGAGUUUGGUAUCUGGGUUUGGCUAAGCCAUCAGUUCUGGAUUCAAAGGAAAGGAAAGAAGAAGAUUGUAAUAAUGAUAUUCUACAGUCACCUUGUGGCCAUUUCUAUGUGCCUCCUGCUGUAGAUGAGGUUCGAAUUUUUAGAAUUUCUGGGCCCAAGUUUGUUAAGCUUGAGAAGGGAACUUGGCAUGCAGGGCCUUUGUUUAAAGGGGAUUCAAUGGAUUUCUACAAUUUGGAAUUGAACAAUACCAAUGUAGUGGACCACACAAAACAUGACUUCAAGGAGCAAAAUGGGGUUGUGUUUUUAGUGGAGGAGUAAUGGUGUAAAUUUAAGAAGUGAUUUAACUUGUAUCUCAAUCGAAGAAAUAUAAAUGUAUCUAUUUCUGUGC